AUGGAAGAUUGGGAGAUUGCGGAGCUCCAAGAUUUGUUGACACUGCUAUAUGGGCAAGACAGGCCCCAACCAUCUUGUGAUUCUUGGAGAUGGGGUUUGCGUGGCGAUGGUUUGUUCACCGUAAAGUCCUUUUACCAGAGUAUUUUGGUGAGAGAGGAGGCCACUUUUCCAUACUCGAUCUGGAUUCCUAGGGCGCCCACGAAGGUGUGCUUUUUUGGAUGGCUAGCGGCGAGGGGAGUGAUCUUGACUGUUGAAAAUCUUCGAAAGAGAGGAAUUACACUUAACAAUUUGCUGCCAAAAUGCAUCAUUUCUUGUGGUUUUGAUCCCAUUUUGCAGUUAGGUCUUCUUGUUGGCCAGAUGGUUCCUAUUAUAUCUCCAGUAUAUUCAAUGGCUCAAUCCGCUUCAGGAGAUGCAUUGAGGGUGUUACUUGAUACAGCUGGAACAAUCAUCCGUGAUUAUGAUCCAGAAACAGUUGUUUCGUUGACUAAAUUUGCUGAUCAGUUGCCUUUGGUAUUUGGCGAGCUUGCUCAAGGGAUAUCAGAGUUCAAGCCAACACCCUCUGAAAAUCUUGAGUGUUUCAAAAACUCAUACAACGUCAAGCGUACAUUGCUGGUGAAGUUUGACUCUGAUACAAUCGAUGAGACAGAUCGACUUGAAGAGACAUUAAAGCCCCGAGUAGAAUCUUUUGGUGGAAAAGUAGAGAAAAUUGCAUUAACCGGUAACCACAUCACACCGUGCAUUCAGGAACCAAAAUGGCGAGUAGGAGCUGUAUACACUCCAGCAGAUGCUGUUGCGCAAGUGGUUAAAACUGUUGCCUUAAAUGACACUAAGGGCCUAUGUACAACCAUUGUCAACUGGUUCGAUCGUAUCGACGAGUUCUGAACCUGCUUAAACAUGGAACGGAAGCACAAUUUUAUAGCUCAACGAUGUAGAAAAAUGCACAUAUAUCAUCAUAGUAAUACAGUUAAACGGACCUCCCCUAGUCGAGUACAACAUCACAAAGAUAAUACACAAUAUUUCCUUCCCAAAAUGAAAACAUGCAUUCAUAGAAUUAUUUGUGUUCGUUUUGUUGUUUUACUUUUAUUUGGGGUAAUCUAACAUGGCCAUAAUAAGGUGGCCUCGUUGAUUUCCUUUUAAUUCCGUCUAUGUCAGUUUGCGAAAAACGCUAAAUGUCCAAGUCUAGUCCGCCGUCUGCUCUUUGGUGCAUGUAUUUGUCACCUGUAAGAAUUUGUGAAUUUAUUAUUGGAGUUAAUUA